AUGUUUAAAGUUAUUUUUAACUCAUCUUCAUAUCUUUACUCUUUUAAGAAAACAAGAGUUCUAAAGAAGAAUUUUUUAUACAUACAAGACAAAUUAAUAUGUAAUCAACAAACACCGUUACAUAUUUACAAUGCAACUAAACAUUCUAAGAAGUCAAUGAAUCAUAGAUUAUUUUAUAUAAAUUGGAUUUUUAUUUUUUUAUUUCUAAAUGCUUGCAAUAAUCACUUAGAUAUAUAA